AUCAGUAGAUGCUAACUUGAUGUCUGAACACAUGAUUAGUUAUUUUAAUUUACGGCAUGAUGGUGUCGAUUGUGCAACGCUUAGUUUUGUCAGUGACUUUGUUGUUUUGUUUAACGAGUGUUUUAUGUAAUGCACCUACAGAUAUAAAACUUGAUGAAAAGGCGAAAAGAAUUCACCGAAUUGAUUGUUUGAACAUACUUGUGUACGUUCUUCUUCUAAUUUUGACAGUUUGUACGAUAUGGCUUUUCAAACGAAGACGGGCUAGAUUCUUGCACGAAACCGGAUUGGCGAUAAUAUAUGGUCUAGUAGUAGGAGCUAUAAUCAGGUAUGGAGGUGAAGACACAGAGGUAGUGUUUGUUGCUGUUAAACCUAUCUCACAUAAUAAUACACCUGUAGAUAUCCCACCAGACAACUUAUUUUACACCAUGGAAGUGAAAGGCAACCCUGUUAAGGGUGAUUUAGAUUACUUGAACAAAACCUAUGCCUAUGUUUUUAGAGGAGAAGUCACUGAUGUAGAAAGCAAAAAGUUGGACCAAAAGGCUACAUUUGACCCUGAAAUUUUCUUCAAUAUCAUACUUCCACCAAUAAUUUUUAAUGCUGGAUACAGCUUAAAACGGCGUCACUUCUUCAGAAAUUUGGGAGCCAUUAUGACAUAUGCAUUUAUUGGAACAACCAUUUCUUGUUUUGUUGUAGGAAUUGUUAUCUAUGCUUUUAUCCAACUUAUGCCACACUUACAAUUCAGCUUUACUGAUUGUUUAUAUUUUGGUGCCAUAAUUUCAGCCACUGAUCCAGUAACUGUGUUGGCUCUUCUGAGUGAUCUCCAUGUUGAUGUAAAUCUUUAUGCUCUUGUGUUUGGUGAGAGCAUACUGAAUGAUGCUGUUGCCAUUGUGUUGUCAGGAUCAAUUAACAGCUAUGAAGAAUUAUAUGGAACUCAGUCUGGAGGGUUUGAAGUUCAAGCUUGUUUCAAAUCAGUGGGAAACUUUAUUUACAUCUUUAUUUGUUCAUUUUUGAUUGGGUCGGUGACAGGCUGCUGUACAGCUUUGCUUACAAAGUUUACCCGUCUGAAUGAUUUUCCAUUAUUGGAAUCAUCCCUCUUUCUACUGAUGUCCUAUAGUACAUUCCUCAUAUCUGAAGCUGCUGAUUUGUCUGGGAUUGUUGCUGUUUUGUUCUGUGGAAUAUGUCAAGCUCAUUAUACAUACAAUAACUUAUCUGAUGAAUCCAGGAUUAGAACAAAGCAGCUGUUUGAGCUCUUGAGCUUUGUGGCAGAAAGUUUCAUUUUCACGUACAUUGGUGUAUCUAUGUUUACCUUUACUAAACAUCUGUGGGAUGUUGGCUUUAUUAUUGUGGCUUUUCUUGCUAUUGCAGUAGGAAGAGCUGUACAUGUUUACCCACUGUCUUUCUUGUUAAAUCUAGGACGACACAACAAGAUAUCGCUCAACUUUCAGCACAUGCUCUUUUUUUCAGGUCUUCGAGGAGCAAUGGCUUUUGCUUUGGCAUUUAGAAAUACUUUAUCUGAACCUCGCCAGCUUAUAUUAACUACAACUUCUAUGAUUGCUAUAGUGACUGUAUUUUUUUGUGGUGGAAUCACAACCCAGUUAUUGACGUGGCUUGGUAUACCAGUUGGAGUUGAAGAAGAGCAUGAGAUGCUUCAACUUAGUGGAGCUCAAGCAGUGUAUAAUACAAUGGAUUCUCAGGCGACUCCCCAAGUCUCCACACCAAAUGAACUAAGAAGUCCACCACCUGUGCCUGAAAAUAGAACACCAUAUGAAAAAGCUUGGCUGGUUCGGAAGUGGCAUAAUUUUGAUGUGAUGUUCAUGAAACCCCUUCUGACACACAGCCAGCCUACUUUGAUGGAAACUUUGCCUGGGUGUUGUCUGCCAUUUUCUAAAUUACUAACAACAGAAAAGCAGCUGUCACAGGAAGGUAUAAUGCAUAAUGAUGAUGACUCAGAUUCUGAUUUGGAAAUUAUUGAAAGUAACUUUACAACAUUUCGUGGCAGGGGUUUAAGCAGCCAAAACUCUGUUACUAAGCCAUUUUGUAUAGAAGAUGCCAAUGCUACUGUCAGCGACCCCCAAUCACCAGAAAAGAAUACCAGUGUUCAGGGAGAUAUUGGUAUAGGUAGUGGUUUAAAUCUGCGAACUCACACCAGAAUAAAGAUCCCAGGAUUUGAGGGAGAGCCAGUAUAAAGAAGUCAAGUCUUACUUAUUCAGCCAGUUGAUGACUAUAUUAUAGUUAGUGAUCUUGUUGAGAUGUAUAAUUGUAUACAAAAAAUAAUUAUGUAAAUUAAUUUACUUGAUGUAUAUUUUUCAGUCUUCUUUGUUUUGUUAUAAAUGCACUAAUAAAUAUUAAUUAGCACUGGUACACUAUAUAAGCACACUUUGGGCAUGUUUUGAGUGUUCUCAUUGUUCAUUAAAAUGUACAUGUAGCUCAGGAAAGCUCCAAUCAAUAUAGGCUUGGUGUUGUUUUUUUUAAUUUGUUAAAAUAUUAAAUGUUUUGAGAAAGGUUUGACCAAUGUCACUUAAAGUAAGUUAGUUAUUAAUAUAUAUAUAUAUUUGUCUAUUGAGGAUCUCUGUAUUUUAUGAAACUUGCAAAAUACAUUUUUUAUAAGUGUAAAACAUAUUUAAAUUCAAAGCUAGUCUUUAAUGUUGGUAUGCAUUUUGAUUAACUGCUAUUUUGUGUCUGUUAAAAUAUGAAAUAUAAAUUGUUAAAUAAUUAUGGUUAGGAUAAGUAGAUAUUAUUAAAUCAUGAUGCACGGUUUCUAUGGUGUCAGUGUAAUUGUUAGAUUGUUAUAUGUAUACUUUGAAUAUAUAGUUGUUUCCUGUUAUUUUAUUGAAUGACUUGAUUUGUUUAGAUUGUCUCACGUAUGCAGAUACAAAAUGUUCUGAAGGAACCUUAUCAUUAACUUGUACAUGUUUUAGGGAAGAGAUGGUUUCAUAUUUAAUAGCUUUUACCUUGAUACAGGUAGAAUGUGUUGUUGUUUAACUUGUAACAAAUCAGACUUCUUUUUUUUUGUAAUUCUUCUUGUUGCUGAUUUUCCAGGUUUCAUUAACAGUAAAUAAAUUAUAUGGUAAUAUUUUUUCCUUACAUAGUAAUUGCAGAAAAUAAAUAAGUACAAAAACUUUAUUUGACAAAUGUUUUAAUAUAAGAUUUCAUGUUGACUAAGAGUAGAUGUAAGUGAUUUGAUUUAUUUUUUCUCAGACAAUGUUCCUCCCGUAAACUGUAGUAUGAUUUAUUCAGAGUUUUGUAUUAAAUGUGUAUAAUAAAUGCAUGGUGCAUGAAUGAUUUUUUUUUUUUACUUUAUGAAUAUUUUCUUAGUUUUGUUUUACUUUCUUUAAGAAAAAAAUCACUUUAACAAAGUUUAUUCAUUGAUGAGUCUUAAACAAUAUUAAUUAUUUUGAUGAGUUUUAGUUAACAAUCUGAACAUAAUAAGGCUUAUUGACAUUUAGUUUUACACUUGAGGUUUAUAAUAACUUCAGCUACAGUUUUAAUGAGAAUAGCUUGUAAAUUAUAAUAUUUAUUUGUUUAGAAGACAUACACUUGGAUUAACUUUUAAAAGCUUGCACGUGGGUAUCCUGUUAUUCCAAACAAGUUUAUGUAAAGCAGAGAACUUUUAUUAAAAUCAUUCCUUUUCUUGUACUUCAUUUGUUAUUGAAGUGCCAGGAAAAGUUAAUGCCACAUUAUUGUAUUCAUUUUCAUUGACUACUGCGUGUCUGCUUUGUGAAACUUCACUUGACGAACAGUGCUUCAGCUACAACUAACGAAUAGGGAAAAAAACCGUAGCUCAUAUGAAACAACUUAUACAUUGUGGAAUAGAGAAAGUGAUAUACAUCUUAUAUUCCAGCAGAUCAUGUGAAACACUAUACACAAUGAGCUAGAGAAAGUGGCAUACACUUAUUAUAUUUCUGUAAUAAUGAUGCAAUUUUGAGAUUUAAUUAUUUUGACAAACUCGUUCUUUCUUCAACAUACACUAUUUUUUAAUUUCAUGAACCCCAUCUUUUAUCCUGAUAAAUUACCCUUUAACAUUUAGCAUCCUAUUUUCCAGUUUAUUUUGAUAAUUUUAUUUUUAAUGUAUUUAUUGCUCAAUUUUGUGUAUUCCUUUCUGUGUUGAUGAAAUGAACAUCCCAUCUACAGGUGUUGAUGACUUAUCUUAUUUUUCUUAAUUACAUUUUAUCUUAAAUAAUUUAGUAAUACAGCUUUGUUUGCAUAAUAUUACUCAUUUUUUCAGAAUACCUCUGUGUUACUUGUCAGAAAUAUAGCAACUCUGUGUAAAAGAAGUUUUAUAGUAUUAUUAUAUUAGUAUACUGUUUAAGUUGUGUUUGUUCAGGUAGUUAUUUGGCAAACAAGCAAAAAAUUUCCGAUUCCUAGUUUCAGCUCAUAGAUUUGAAAAAAAUUGCCUUAUUCUCUUUUUCUUUUUAAACAAAUACACUAGUGUUUCUUUGGAAAACUUGGUAUGUUUUUGGCAAAAGUGACAUCAAAAGUUAAAAGUUAUUGUUAAUAUUUAGAACUGUAAAUACAAUUUACUUUGUGAAAGUUAGAUUUGAAAAUCUGUGGUUUUAUUUAAGAUCAGAAUACUUUAAGAUGUGUAGUAUAACUUUGAGGUUUUGAUUUUUUAUUAUAAAAUUGUUAUUUAGAUGUUACAAAUAUAUUUAUGUAUUUCAUUGAAAAUUCAGUAGACACAAGCACUAUUUCAGUAAUAUUUUAUGAAUUGAAAAAUUUUAUUUAAUUACUAUUGGUAUAUACAAGAAAUAGCAAAACCUUAAACAUCAAGGUGUAUAGAAUGUUCCAUUCUACUUAAUUGUCUGAAAUUUUUAACUUUUUUUAGAUUGUUAAAUAUACUGGUUGUUAACAGGUUUAUUUUUUCUCUAGAAAUUUUUAUAAAAUGACACUGAAUAUUAUUCCAGUUGUGUUAUUAUGUUUGAAAAUUUAUUUAAUAAAA